AUGGCUCGUCGGGGGAAGGCUAAGAUCCAAUGGAUCGCUGACACUGCGAAGCGCAAGGCGACAAUGAGGAAGCACUUGCCCAUGCUUGUGAAGAAGGCUCAAGAGCUUGCAAUCCUUUGUGACAUCCAAGGUUGUCUCUUGUGGCACCUUCCAGGCCAGGCCCAGACGGACGUGCUCUGGCCAUCGCUGAAGGAAGCUAAAGAGAUCCUGCAGCAGUACAACCAGUGGUUGGAAUCAAAAAAAUGCAAGAGUAAGCAGCAAGACGCUGGCUUAAUCCAAGAUAUCUUCAACAAGGCGAAUGCCAAGUUUUUCGAAGUCCAAUAG